AUGCCGCCAAAAAGAGGAGGUAAGCGUACUCGCACCGUUAGGGUCAGAGCUGAUGCUCGUGAAGUUGUGGAUGAGCAGGGUGCUGCAGGGGGUGUUCAGGCACAGGGUGUGCAGCAUGCAGCCCCACAGUUUGAACAGGCUGCGCUCAUGCAGAUGGUUCAGCAGGCAGCUACCCAGGCUGCUCAGACUGCUAUUCAACAGGUUACCCAGGAAGAUGCUCGUGUAGCUGCACAAGAAGCUGCUCGUGUAGCAGCACAGGAAGUUUCCCGUCAGUUGGCUGCUGGUCAGCAGAUUCCAUCGCAGGAGAUUCCACUGCAGCAGAUCCCACCACAACAGGAUCCACUGCCGCAGAUGCAUAUUCCUCAGGUUCCUGUGCAGGGGGUUCCAGGACAGCAGCUCCCUCAAGGUUUGCAGCAACCUUUACCGGUUUACCGUGCUUAUGAUGAGAGGUUUUACAGACUCACGAGUCAGAUGCGAAACAUGGAUAUGGAGCAUUUUGGGGGAACAAUGGAUGCUACAGUUGCACAUGAUUGGAAGCUUAGUCUGCAACGGAAAUUAGAGAUUAUUGAGUGUCCACCAAAGGCUUCGCUUAGGUUGGCUAUGCAAUACCUACGUGGAGAUGCACUUGUGAGGUGGGAGGGAGUGCGAUUGGGCCAUCGUGGGCCUGAUAGACUUACCUUUGCAGAUUUUAUCCAGGAGUUCGAUAGGAAGUAUUUUCCAAAAGAAGCUAUGGAUAAGAAGAAGAGUGACUUCGAGCAUGUGAGCCAGGGUGACAUGACAAUCAUGGAGUAUGAGGUUGAGUUCAACCGACUUCGCAGGUUUGCAGGAGGUGGUAUUACUGAGGAAGACCUGAUUAGAAAGUUUUUGGGUGGGAUGCGACUCGAAAUUCACAACAGAUGUCGUGUCGUCACUUACUACAGAUUGGGGGAUUUGGUGGAGAAAGCUGCUGAGCAGGAAGCAGGUUUGGCAGAGGAGCAUAAACUCUUUAAAUCAGCUCAACCUAAAGUUGUGAAGACUUUAGAGUCACAAAAGAGAACAUUGGACGAGUUAGAACCACCUAGCUGCCCCGGUUGCAAGCGCAAUCAUUAUGGAGAGUGUAUUAGGUGUCAUUCAUGUGGACGGACAGGCCACAUGGCGAGAAACUGCCGGUUUAAACCAUUGAAUGCGGAUUCAGUUAGACAGAUUGUUGAACCCAAAGCGGCUACUAUGGAUUGCUUUAACUGUGGCCAGUCAGGUCAUAUUUUCAGGGAUUGCCCGAGGAGGGAACAUGCAGAGGAUUCACCACCGCCUAAGCGCCAAGCCAUCGACCAAUGA